AUGGGGAUCCUGGAGCCGCAAAAGCGUGGCCGGCGGGCGCGGCUAAAGGAGAGCGCGGCGGAGGACCCGGGCCGGAGGGGCGGGGCUCCGACGUUUGGGAAGCUUCGGGGAGAUAGGGCUGCUCUCAAAGUGGAUUCCAACUUCCCCCGGGGCGGGAAGCGGAGACGCUCCCCCAGUCGCAAAGCCGCGAAGAAGUACGAUGCAGAAGACACAGAGUCGCGGUCCUCGGGGUCCCACACCAACUGCUUCGGCUUCGUCGCCUAUUCUGUGAACUCCGGAGAGAAAUCGCGAGUCAAAAUUAAGACCCUGACCCACCAGCCUGCGUAUCCCAGCACCACCCGGUCAGAGCAUUCUCCAUGCCCUACCCCGUCCCCGAGUCCGUCUCCGACCGCGUCCACAUCCCCGGCUCCGGUCCCAUCCCUAUCCCCAUCCCCGACCCCCGGAAAGCUCCGGUGCUUGGACCAGCGAGAGUCCGAGAACGAAGAGAGGCGUGAACCCAAGUCAAAAAAGAGGAGACGUAACGAGGGCGACCCCAUCGAUAUGGUUAACCACCUAUGGCUGGGAUUCGAAGUCUGGAUUCUAGCCUGGGGAAGCCUUGGUUCAACCCCUGAGCUGGAGGACAGAGAGAGGCCUCGAGGCUACUACCAAGAGGUUGGUCUUUUCUCCAGCGAGCACUUACUUAAGUCUCUUGAAAAGGUGAUCAGAUUUUUACAGCCUAACGUUAUAAGGAGAUUUUUUUCUUGCAAUAUUAAGAUAAUAGUCACGUACUGUGUCAUCAUCCAGUGUACAAUCAGUUGCUCACAGUAUCAUCAUAUAGUUGUGCAUUCAUUACCAUAAUCAAGUUUUGAGCAUUUUCAUGACUUAUAGACUUUUGACUAAUAUAAAAACAUGGAUCCCCUUGAAACCAGAGUGAAUAGGUAUACCUCUGGGUGUGUGACUUCCAAAGGAAGGGGCUGCCCCUCCCAUUCUUCUCAAAGGAAGUGUCUACCUUGGAUUUAAAUGUCCCUCUUGAGCCAUUCCUUUCAGGGGAUCGGUUUGGAGUCAGGGUUCCAAAUGUUGUAAUUUUUCU